ACACACACCCACACAUACAGAGAAAGAGAGGGAAAAAUCCAACCAAUGAAAGUGAUUGUGGGUGGAAGGGUAUAAAGCACAGAGACACCGGCAAUUAAUUCAUUCCUGUCUUACUAAACACACACACACACACACACACACACACUGUAGAGUAUUCGAUUAUCAUGCUGCUGGAUCACAGAGUGAGGAUGAGAGAGAGAAGAGAGGAGAACAUUAAGAUCCUGUUCUUCUGCCGAGGCUGUGAGGAACCCUACGUUCAGAUCAUCACGGUGAGGAAGGGGAAGCGAUCCCCGAGCCUGUGCAGCUCUCCGAGCGGCUCCACAUCCGAGGACGAGGACGCAGAGGACACAGAGAAGACCGAGGAGACAGAGGACACGCUUCCUGUGCUGCAGCAGGACAGUCACAUCCUCAGGGAGCACCACAUAGGGAAGUUAGCUCCUCAUCUCCCAGCGCGUGUUCAGUGCUCUCCCUGGCAGCUGGUCUACAGCACUGAGAUCCACGGCACCAGCCUGAAAACUCUGUACAGGAACACGGCGGAGAUCCAACAACCGGUACUGCUGCUGAUCCAGGACACACACAACCAGGUCUUCGGGGCGUUUUCCUCCGACUCGUUCCGAGUGAGUAAUUACUGCUACGGAACCGGAGAGACGUUCCUCUUCACGUUCAGCCCUGAGUUCAAGAUGUUCCGGUGGACUGGAGAGAACUCGUACUUUGUGAGAGGGUUCCUCGACUCACUGCAGCUGGGAGCAGGAGGAGGCCCAUUUGGGUUGUGGUUAGACUCAGAUCUCCUUCGUGGCUCAACGUUUUCCUGUAACACGUUCCAUAACACUCCGCUGUCUUCACAUCACGACUUCAGUGUGCGAGCGCUUGAGGUCUGGAGCUUCCAGUGAACCCAGAGGAGAACCCAGGGGAGAACCCAGAGGACAACCCAGGGGAGAACCCAGGGGAGAACCCAGAGAAGAACUCAGAGGAGAACCCAGAGGAGAACCCAGAGGAGAAACCAUAAAUAUCCAAAAUAUUAGUGUGUAGGAGAAACAAUUGUAAAUAUUGUUAAAGUGUAAAACUGUGUGCAGUAGAUUUUUUUUUACAUUUUGUUAAAUUAUAAUUUUUUACUGCAGUGUGUGUGUGUGUGUGUGUGUGUGUGUGUCUUAGUGCAGGCACUG